UUGAAUCACUGUUUGGGAUUUUCUUUGUGUCGAGAUUUUUUGGCUACAAUUCCCUUUUUACCAAUUUGGGUAGCACAUUUGAAAAUAAAGGUCUGUCCUCCCCCUCUCCUCCGGCCUCCAAGAUAGAUUCCCUCAGGAGUAAGGUUGAGCUCCUCCGCCUGCCUCUGGCCCUCUCCUCCAAGUCCAUCAGCCACCGCAAGAGUCAGCUGGGCGGAGCCGGGGAGCGCGGCACGGGGGGAGGAGGGACCCACAGGGGCAAACCCCGCCCACCGGCCUCCGACAUGGACAACGAGUCACAGUAUUCAGGCUACUCCUAUAAGUCCUCGCACUCCCGCAGCUCCAGGAAGCACAGGGAUAGGCGGGACAGGCACCGCUCCAAAAGCAGAGACGGCAGUAGUCGUGGAGACAAGUCAGUCACCAUCCAGGCCCCCGGAGAGCCUCUACUGGACACAGAGUCCACCCGUGGAGAUGACAGGGACGAUAACUGGGGUGAGACCACCACCGUGCAGACUGGCACGUCAGAACACAGCGUCUCUAAUGAGGACUUGACCCGCGUCUCCAAGGAGCUUGAGGAGUCCUCCCCGUUGGAAUGCCGUCGUUUCCUGGGCCCUGCGUUGGGCGCCGUCCUGGGCCUCUUCGCCCUGGUCACUCCCCUGGCCUUCCUGGCUCUGCCCCAGCUGCUGUGGCGUGAGUCCCUGGAGCCCUGCGGCACGCCCUGCGAGGGCCUCUACGUCUCACUGGCCUUCAAACUCCUGGUCCUCCUCAUCUCCACCUGGGCUCUGUUCCUGCGCCCGCCGGGCGCCACCCUGCCCCGCCUCUACGUCUUCCGCUGCCUGCUGCUGGCGCUCGUCUUCCUGUUCGUGGCGUCCUACUGGCUGUUCUACGGCGUGCGCGUGCUGGAGCCCCGGGAGAGGGACUACAGGGGCAUCGUGGGGUACGCCGCGUCGCUGGUGGACGCCCUGCUCUUCAUCCAGUACCUGGCCCUGGUGCUGCUGGAGGUCAGACACCUGCAGCCUGCCUUCUGCCUCAAGAUGGUGCGCACCACAGACGGGGCUAGUCGCUUCUACAACGUGGGACAUCUCAGUAUCCAGAGAGCAGCAGUGUGGGUGCUGGACCAGUACUACAGUGAUUUCCCAGUCUACAACCCUGCUCUCCUCAACCUGCCCAAGUCCAUCCUCUCUAAGAAGACUUCUGGCUUCAAAGUCUACACUCUGGGAGAAGAGAACAGCACCAAUAACUCGACAGGUCAGUCCAGAGCGAUGAUCGCUGCGGCGGCCCGCAGGAGAGACAACUCCCACAACGAGUAUUACUACGAGGAGGCAGAGAUGGAGCGCAGAGUCCGCAAGCGCAAGGCCAGGCUGGUGGUGGCGGUAGAGGAGGCUUUCACGCACAUCAAGCGUCUCCAGGACGACGAGCCGGCCGCCUCAUCCCCCAAACACCCCCGUGAGGUGAUGGACCCCCGGGAGGCGGCUCAGGCCAUCUUCGCCCCCAUGGCCCGGGCCAUGCAGAAGUAUCUGAGGACCACGCGCCAGCAGCCCUAUCACAGCAUGGAGAGCAUUAUCAACCACCUGCAGUUCUGUAUCACGCACAACAUGACCCCCAUGGCCUUUCUAGAGCGCUACCUCUCCCCAGGGCCUACCAUGCAGUACCAACGGGAGAAUGGUAGGGGGCGCCAGUGGACCCUGGUGAGCGAGGAGCCGGUGACGUCCGCCCUGCGCCCGGGUCUGGUUUUCUCCCUGCGCCGACUCGACUUCUCCCUGGUCGUCACUGUGGCGCCCCUCCCAUUCCUCCACCUGGGGGAGGAGUUUAUCGACCCCAAGAGUCACAAGUUCGUCAUGAGGCUGCAGUCAGAGACCUCUGUGUAGGAAUGGAGAGAAGACAAGAAAUGAAAGGAUAGAGGUGGGAGAAGAGAUGAUACGAGUGAGGAAAAGAGACUAUGUUUCAAAUUUGCUCAAAGCCCAACUCUCAGCGUUGACCUCUGCGAGAGAGGGAGAGAAGACACAAAGGUGAAGAAAGAAAGAAGGAGAGAAUGUAGAGAGAUAGAGAGAAUAUGAGAUGGGGAAAGGAACAGAGAGUGUGACACAUUUUCAAUUUUACUCAGAGCCCAACUCUCUGGGUCCUCUCUUACUGUUUUUAACUGACCAAUCAGACACUCCGCAAUCCAAUCAGACACUUCACCUAGACCUGAGUGUUGACACCAUGUAAGCUUGAUACUGUUACCAAGACUGUGCAGAGUCCUAGGGAGUUAUUACACUUACACGGACCUUAAUACAGCUCAUAGCUCUGUUUAUAACGAUGUAAUAACCACCUUAUGUGAUUUAAAGCCACCCCAAACCCUUUACGAUGAUGAUGAUGAUGAUGACUGUUCAACGCAACUCAAUUGCUGUGUUUUCUCAAAAUCCCCGGAUUUUGGUUAGAAAAACCCAUAGUAGACUUUCUUGGUUCUACAUUCCACAGCAUAUAUACGCACCCUAUUCCCUGUAUAGUGCGCUACAUUUGUACCCUAUUUUCUAUGGGCCCUGGUCAAAAGUAGUGCACUAUAUAGGGAAUGUAGGUUUAUUUCAGACGCAUCCUAGAUGUAGCACUGUCUAGACAGCUAUCUCUUUUCACACAAAGCAGUGGAAAUGUAUGUGGCGUCUGCCACCAAGGGCUGGAGGAGAGGCCUCUGUGGCCGUCCUGUUUAAUUAACUGUGUGUGUUACUUUGUUACAGUCAUUGGGACCUGUAUGUUUGUCAUUCCUUGGCAAUAACUGCACUAAAUUCACAACCCGCCUAUUGAAGUUGAUAUUACUAUGUUACUCAGGGGCGCAACCCCCCCCCCUCCACACACACACACACAUUCUGAAAUUGCAUUUUGUGCUCCCCAGUUUUAUCAUUGGAAUGUGAUACAAAACGAGGCAGCGGUGUGCUUUAGGACCAUGCGGACACCCCCGAGUGGUUGGAUAGGCUGUUUGGAGUGUUUAUCAGACCAAAAAUUAACAUAAUAAUAAUUAGGUCCCCCCCACUUCUAAUACCUAAUUUGCGCCCCCGAUGUUACUAACCAACAAGCUGAUGGGCUGUUAAGCAGUAUGGGCUCAACGAACAGAUACAUAUGAAUAGGAACACUUACAUGUAUGAAAAAUAACUAGAAAAGUCAAGUUUCAAGUAAAAACUGUAGUUGCAAAUCAGCUACUUACAUCAACCAGUCAGGUGAUUGAAAUAUCACUGAAUAGACCAAUAAACUGACUGUUAUUUUCAUUGGACUAAAUCUGCUUACUGUGGGUUCUUCAAGAGACAGCUGACGAAUGUUUUGGUGAAACACUAACCGGCUUUUCAUUUUUUUUUAAUAAGAAAUACAAUGUUUUUGUGACGUUAAUGGAUAAUAUUAUGUUGGACUUUUUCUCUGUAUUCCAGUGUUGGUUUUAUAAUGAAGGAGGAGGAACAGAUACAAGAAAACAGAACCACUUGUCAUGAGACCUUAAUUUGUUUUUUUUUUGUGCCAAAUCCCACUCUACUCCAGAUACAGGGGCGCGUCCCAAUAACAUCUAUUUUCUCCUGAAGUGUGCAAUUUUUUACUACUGCCCACAAGUCUAAAAGCAUUGGAUUGGUAAAGGCAUGGGCUAGAGGGAGAUUCCACCAUGUUUCAUAGUCAUCACAUCGGUGAAGGGACGUGAACAAGUCAAGUGACAUCUUUGAGGAAGGAGCGAUACUUGGGACACAGCCAUAGUGUACCACAUGACUACUGUUCUGAACAUGUCACCAAAACACAGAAGUACAAAAUAAUAAAAAACACAGUUGUCACAGGAGGUUGGUGGCACCUUAUUUGGGAGGACGGGCUCAUAGUAAUGACUGGAAUGGAAUAGUAUCGAAAUCCUCAAACAUGGUUUCCGUAUUUGAUACCUUUCCAUUCUCUCCAUUACAGCUGUUAUUAUGAGCCGUCCUCCCCUCAGCAGCCUCUUGUGUUGAGUGUGUGGUGUGACUAAGGUGUGACUAACUGGAAACAUUGUGCUUGAUGAUUUGUUUCGAUUCAAUAGGUCCUGCACACACAAUGGUUCUUGUCCUUUUUGGCGGCUAACAGCUACAGUAGUCUGUUGUGUUUGAUCCUUUUUUUUUUUACAUGUGUACGGUAUGUUUAUUAGACCUUCAUUUCAUUAUGAACCCUGAUGCAUGUAGUUACAUGACGUUUUGUAAAGUUACAUUUUUUUUGUUGCUGCAUUUUCUUUUGUUUCAUUUCAUGUCGAAGUCCCUAACCUUGUUUUUUAAGACUAAUGUGAUGUAAAGACAUUUGCAGUUGAAGAAAUGUUUUAAUAUUGGAUCAUUUUAGGACAAAAUUGUUACAGCCUUUUUAAUAAAUGAUCUCUCUUGA